GCUUGCUUCCGGCGUGCCGCGAGAGGCGGGGCGUGUGGGGAGGCGCGGCCGCCACGGGACGCCUGGCUGGGCCCGCACCGGAGAGGCGUCUCGGUACCUGGCAGGCGGCCUGCUACUCGGAGCCCGCUGCGGGGCGGCGGCGGCGGCGGCGACAUGCACGUGUGAGAUGCGGCAGCGGGCGGCGCGGACGCGAGCUGCGGCGGCGGCGGCGGGCGCGGCCUCCUGGGCGCGGGGCGCGCGGUGCCUGAGGGCGGGCGCGCGGGCGCUGGGCAACCGCCGGCCGCGCCGCCUGCGCAGGCGCUGGUUUAGGACUCACACGCCGCGCUGAGGCCCGCGGGCCCGUCAUGGAGGCGCCCACCGUGGAGACGCCCCCCGACCCCUCGCCCCCUUCGGCCCCGGCCCCUGCCCCGGUUCCGUUGCGCGCCCCGGAUGUGGCGCGGCUGCGCGAGGAGCAGGAAAAGGUGGUCACUAACUGCCAAGAGAGAAUCCAGCAUUGGAAGAAGGUAGAUAAUGACUAUAAUGCCCUUCGAGAAAGACUCAGCACCUUGCCUGAUAAAUUGUCUUAUAAUAUAAUGGUACCAUUUGGCCCUUUUGCCUUCAUGCCAGGAAAACUUGUCCAUACUAAUGAAGUCACUGUUUUACUGGGGGACAACUGGUUUGCAAAGUGCUCAGCAAAGCAGGCUGUAGGUUUAGUUGAGCACCGGAAAGAACAUGUAAGAAAAACAAUAGAUGACUUAAAAAAAGUGAUGAAAAAUUUUGAAUCCAGAGUUGAAUUCACAGAAGAUUUGCAGAAAAUGAGCGAUGCUGCAGGUGAUAUUGUUGACAUACGAGAAGAAAUUAAAUGUGACUUCGAAUUUAAAGCAAAACACCGAAUUGCUCAUAAACCGCAUUCCAAACCAAAAACUUCAGAUAUUUUUGAAGCAGAUAUUGCAAAUGAUGUGAAAUCCAAGGAUUUGCUAGCUGAUAAAGAACUGUGGGCUCGACUUGAAGAACUAGAGAGACAGGAAGAAUUGCUGGGUGAACUUGAUAGUAAGCCUGAUACUGUGAUUGCAAAUGGAGAAGAUACGACAUCUUCUGAAGAGGAAAAGGAAGAUCGUAACACAAAUGUGAAUGCGAUGCAUCAAGUGACAGACUCUCAUACUCCUUGUCAUAAGGAUGUUGCAAGUUCAGAACCAUUCAGUGGUCAAGUGAAUAGUCAGUUGAACUGUUCAGUGAAUGGUUCCAGUUCUUACCACAGUGAUGAUGAUGAUGAUGAUGAUGAAGACGACGACGACGAUGACGACAACAUUGACGACGAUGGUGGUGAUAACGACCAUGAGGCUUUAGGGGUUGGAGAUAAUUCUAUACCAACAAUAUAUUUUUCACAUACUGUUGAGCCUAAGAGGGUCCGAAUAAAUACUGGAAAGAAUACCACUUUAAAAUUCAGUGAAAAGAAAGAAGAAGCCAAACGUAAACGAAAGAACAGCACUGGCAGUGGCCACUCUGCCCAGGAGCUGCCGACCAUCAGGACGCCUGCAGACAUUUACAGAGCCUUUGUUGAUGUUGUGAAUGGAGAAUAUGUCCCUCGCAAAUCCAUCCUGAAGUCUCGAAGUAGAGAGAAUAGUGUGUGUAGCGACACCAGUGAAAGCAGUGCUGCUGAAUUUGAUGAUAGGCGGGGAGUUUUGAGGAGUAUCAGCUGCGAAGAAGCCACUUGCAGUGACACCAGUGAGAGCAUUUUGGAAGAGGAACCACAAGAAAAUCAAAAGAAACUUUUGCCCUUAUCAGUAACACCUGAGGCUUUUUCUGGAACUGUUAUAGAAAAAGAAUUUGUAUCACCUUCCUUAACACCACACCCAGCCAUUGCUCAUCCUGCACUACCCACUAUUCCAGAACGAAAGGAAGUUCUGUUGGAAGCAUCAGAAGAAACUGGAAAGAGGGUUUCAAAGUUUAAAGCUGCCAGAUUGCAACAGAAAAACUAGGCCCUGUCUAGGAAAUGGGAAUUUACAUCCUAAAACCUAGUUGUUCAUUUGUUUAGAAUAUCUAUAGCAAAAUAGGUUACAUGUGGUUUGAAAUAAGGUAUCCUGAGUUACUUUGGCAACAAGUUCUUUUACCCUUACCAGUGGUAUUUGAAAAAAAUCAAGGUAACUGUCUGAAUACUUUAAUAUCAGCUUGUUUUGUUAAUUCUCUGAAUACUGUCAACACUCUUGUCUAAGUUUGCCUUUAUGAUGCAGUGGCAGCAUUUUGAAUUACUUUUCAAAGAAUACUGUUCAUAUGCAUUGUUUUUGUGUUUCAAACUAAAUACAGGCAGUUUUGUGCCAGCUGUGAUAUUGUGCAUACCAUAUGGACCAUUUUAAAGAAAAAUUUUAAAAUUUCAAAUAGAUUCAACAAUUACAUUACUUGCUUUCACAUUUUAAAGGCACUUUAAAAAAAUCUACUUCUCUUGUAGGUUUUGCGGCUAGUUGGCUAUUCAAGAAACCUCGCCCCUCUGAAUGUCAUACUGUAAUCUUUAAGGAAGAAAGCUACAUGAAUUAAUUGUACUCUAUGGGAAAAUUUCUUUGGAAAGAUAUUUUGUAAAACUUUUUUUUCCAAGUAAAAACUUUAUGAAACUUGGUCUCAAAAAUGUUGUGAACUUUAUGAUUCAAAAUUGAGUACAGAUAUGUCCUUGAUUCAUAUGUAUGCUACAUGUAUCACACAACAGAUCUGGAAUUCUUUCAGUUCCUCAGAUACUUCUCCCUUAGUUUUUGCAGUUUCACUGGGAUUAUGUUUUGGGAAACAAGGAAAGGUCUAGAUGCUUAAACAUUUUAAAUAAAAAUUCCUUACAGUUUCAUCUUCCCAACAUUUUCAUUCUUUAAGGCUACUUUCCUACUAACUGAAAUAACACAUUUACUUUUACCACAAUUCCUCAAAAUAAAGAAAUUUAUUCUAACAUUGAAAAUAACAUUACAAGUUAAUCAUUAGCUUGAUGCAUGCUAAAAUGUAGCUUUUAAAAAGCAUUCUGCAUUAGUACUAAAAUAAGCCAUCAAUGCCAGUCCACCCUCUAUUCAUGGCUAAAUAUUUAAAGGUUAUUUAUAGCUUCUUUAAUGAAUUCUUCUUAAACAAAGUGAAAUUAUGUCCUAGAAAAGUAGAAGCUAUUCGUAACUAGAGCAGUGCAACUUUAAAGUUUUAUGAAUAUGUAUUUUAAUGACAAGGGGGCGAGCUUGCAUCCCCUCUAGUUAAUGGAUAAUUCAAACCGAGGACUGAUUUUGAAAGAUCACCUAAAAAUGUAGAUUUGUUGUUUAGUAAAUUUAGAUCAACUAUGCAUAUAUUUUGUAGUUAAAUCUUUCAGUCCAUGCCCCAACCUUCACCAAAACCAAAGCAGAAAUUACACACACAAAGAUGCUCCCGUUAGGAAUUGCUAUUCACAUGAGGCUUUCUGUGCUAGAUUUUUUUCUCAGAAACAAACUUUACUGUAGGACUAUUGUGGUGUUCUUAACAGAUUUGUAAUUUCAAGAUGCGUGUCAUUAAAUAAUUUUUCAUGUUCACAAA